AUGGAUUGCCAGGGAAAUCAGUUCUGGGACCGCUGGGGACUGUGUGACACCUGCCAACAGUGUGGGCCUGGACAGGAGCUCUCAAAGGACUGUGGCUAUGGAGAAGGUGGAGAUGUAUACUGGACAGCUUGUCCUCCCAGCAGGUACAAAAGCGGCUGGGGCCACCACAGAAGUCAGGCUUGCAUCACCUGUGCUGUCAUCAAUCAUGUGCUAAAGGCCAACUGCACAGCUGUCUCUAAUGCCAACUGUAGGGACUGUCUGCCCAGAUCCUACAGUAAGACAUGCGUUGGAGGCCUUCAGGACCAAGAGUGUAUCCCAUGUGCAAAGCAGACCCCAACCUCUGAAAUUCAGUGUGCCUUCCAGUUGAGCUUAGUGAAAGCAGAUGCACUUACAGUGCCCCCUGAAGAAGCUAUGUUUGUUGCACUGGUGAGCAGACUGCUCGUGGUAUUUACCUAGGUCUUCUUGGGGCUCUUCUUCCUCUACUACAAGCAGUUCUUUAGCAAACAUUGCCAGCAUGGAGGUUGGCUAUAGUUUGAGGCUGACAAGGCAGUGGAGGAGGAAUCUCUCUUCCCCGUGCCACCUGACCAGGAGACCAGUCCUGAGUCACCACUGAGUGAGAGCAUCUCUGAGACCCAGUCACUUAACCCCAUCCUGGAUGACGACUACAGCUCAACUCAUGGCUUCUCCACACAGGAGUCCUUUACAGUAACCUCCUGUGCCUCAGAGAGCCACUCCCACUGGGUCCACACUCCCAUCUAAUGCACAGAGCUGGACCUGGAAAAAAUUUCCAGCUCUGCCUCCUAUACUGCAGUCGAGAACUUGGGAGGGGCUGGGGAGGACACUGCUGAAAGCUCUGGAGACAGGCUGGAAAUCAAUGUGUCCUUUGAAGUCCCCAGCCCUUAA